GUUACCUCUCCUCCCAGACCUAUUUCAGCCUGUCACACCACAGUAUGGGGAAAAAGACAAACAAUUAAUAAAAGAGUUCCAAGCAAAGAAGGGGGAGCACAGGUGGCUAGUAGCAAAGGAUGGCCGCAUUAUUAUCCCAGCUGCCUGGGUUCAUGCGGUAGUAAAAAGCACUCAUCAUGGCACCCACUACGGACCCAGGGCCCUGGUAAGAUGGAUCAGUCACUAUGUAACUGGAGUGGGAUUAAAAGAGGCUGCCAAGAAGGUAUCAGAAACAUGUGAGGUCUGCCAGAGAAAUAACCCAAAAGGAGGGAGAAAAGAAACUCCAGGACAUCAGAGAAUAGGCAAUGGGCCAGGAGAAGAAUGGCAGGUGGAUUUUACCGAGUUGCCCCGGCAACAAGGGAUGAGCUAUCUCCUUGUCUUUGUGGACACUUUCUCUAAUUGGGUUGAGUGCUUCCCAUGUCGGACUGCCCAAGCCCGAGAGGUGGUCAAGGUGCUCCUACGAGAAAUCAUACCUCGCUUCGGACUUCCAAAAGGAAUAGGGUCAGACAAUGGCCCACAUUUCAUUGCACAAAUUACUCAGAAGGUUUCUGAGUUCCUGGGAAUCAGCUGGCAUUUACACACCCCUUGGAGACCCCAGUCCAGUGGAAAGGUGGAACAUAUGAAUCAGACCUCAAAAAGACACCUUGCAAAGAUUUGCCAAGAAGCUCAACUCAAAUGGCCAGAGGCCCUACCCUUGGCCCUGUUACGAGUAAGGGUCGCACCACAUUCUAAAUUGGGAUUAAGCCCGUUUGAGAUAAUGUAUGGUAAGCCUUACACUCUGAGUCUGCCCAUGGGUACUGAACAACAGUUACAUGUUUUAGGAGAGGGAAUGAUUAGAGAAUAUGUAUGGUCCUUAGUUUCUGUUUUGUCUUCCAUCCAUCAGCAGGUACGGGACGUGCUGCAGUCACAGGAUCAGUCUCCUGCCCCGGAAAACCGACUAUUACCUGGGAGUUACGCCCUUGUGAAAGACUGGAAUGAGGAACCACUUCGAGCCAGAUGGAAGGGCCCAUAUAGGGUACUCUUGACGACCCCAACGGCAGCAAAGCUCGAGGGAAUCAAGACUUGGAUACAUUCCAGUCGCCUAAAGCUGGUGGCUGGACCAGAACAAGAAGGAACCCCUGCAGACUCCGGGACUGGAGGCAGAGAACAGUGGAAGGUGGAGCCAAUAAGAGACUUAAAAUUCCUAUUCAGAAGAAAGGAACUUUAA